UUUUGUUUGUUUGUUUUUAAAGAAGAUUCAGGGCUCUGUCCCACAGCUGCCUAGCCCAGUCUACCGAGGCUUCUUUAUCACCAGCCACCUGGGUGAAAACAGGCUACACAAAGAAAGCCUGAGCCAGAACUACAGGUGCCAGGCUGAGCUUUCAGGGCAGGGUCCUCCAAGGUAAAAGAGGUGAAACUGCUGGAAAAGAAAAGAGACACUGGUGGGACCCAGCGGGUCAGCUGGUGGCUUGGGCGCCCAUGCUUCUGUCGUGGUUCACGAGUUUGGGGGCUGGAGCGCUCUUCCUGCACUUUGUGCAGAAACUUCUGUUCCCGUACUUCUGGGACGAUUUGUGGUUCUUGCUGAAGGUGGUGCGCUAUGGAAUUAAGAUGGAGUUAUACAAAAUGAGAGGGGAGCUAGUCACCGUGCUGGAUAAGUUCCUGUGCCACGCCAGGAAGCAGCCGCAGAAAGCCUUCAUCAUUUAUGAGGGAGGCAUCUACACCUACGGGGAUGUGGACAAGAGGAGCAACAAAAUAGCCCAUGCCUUGCUGAACAACUCCUCGCUGAAGAAGGGGGACAUUGUGGCUUUAUUGAUGAGCAACGAGCCGGACUUCGUUCAUGUGUGGUUUGGCCUGGCUAAACUGGGCUGUGUGGUGGCCUUCCUCAACUCCAACCUUCGCUCCAAUUCCCUCCUACACUGUAUCAGCGCCUGUGAGCCCACUGCUGUGGUGGUUGGCGGAGAUUUGCUUGGAAGCAUAGAAGAAAUCCUUCCCAGCCUCCCUAAACAUGUCAGGGUUUGGGGAAUGAAGGAUUCUGUUCCACAAGGUGUAGUUUCACUCAGUGAAAAGCUGAGUCUCGCCUCUGAUGAGCCGGUACCACCAAGCUAUCAUGUCACCUCAAGCCUCAAGUCUACUUGCCUCUAUAUUUUUACCUCUGGAACAACAGGUCUACCCAAAGCAGCUGUGAUUAGCCAGUUGCAGGCGUUGAAGGGGUCUGUUGGGCUAUGGGCUUUCGGCUGCACGGCUGACGACAUUGUUUAUAUAACGCUCCCUCUGUACCACAGCUCAGGGGCUCUCCUUGGCAUUGGCGGAUGUGUUGAAUUGGGGGCCACAUGCGUGUUGAAGAAGAAAUUCUCUGCGAGCCAAUUUUGGAAUGAUUGCCAGAAGUACAACGUGACUGUGUUUCAGUACAUCGGAGAGCUUUGCCGUUAUCUGUGCAAACAACCUCAGAGAGAAGGGGAAAAGGACCAUCGGGUGCGCUUGGCAGUUGGAAAUGGUAUGAGCAGUGAAGUAUGGAGACAAUUUUUAGACAGAUUUGGAAACAUUAAGAUGUGUGAGUUUUAUGGAGCUACUGAAGGAAAUAUAGUUUUCAUGAACCAUAUUGGGAAGAUUGGAGCAGUCGGGAAAACAAACUUCUUUUACAACCUUGUUUUUGCUUUUGAGUUGAUAAAGUACGACUUUCAGAAAGAUGAACCAAUGAGGAAUGAACAAGGCUGGUGCUGCUGUGUGAGAAAAGGAGAACCCGGUCUUCUCAUUUCUCGUGUGAAUACAAAGAAUCCCUUCUUUGGCUAUGCUGGCUCUUAUAAGCACACGAAAAGCAAGCUACUUUUUGAUGUUUUUAAGAAGGGAGAUGUUUACUUCAAUACAGGAGACCUAAUGGUUCAAGAUCAUGAAAACUUCCUUUAUUUUUGGGACCGCAUUGGAGACACUUUCAGGUGGAAAGGAGAAAACGUAGCGACCACAGAGGUGGCAGAUGUGAUUGGGCAGUUGGACUUCAUACAGGAAGCAAACGUGUAUGGUGUACCUGUGCCAGGUUAUGAAGGAAAAGCGGGGAUGACUUCUAUCAUUCUAAAGCCAAACAAGUCUUUAGACUUAGAAAAAGUGUACGACCAAGUUGUCACAUUUCUGCCAUCUUAUGCCUGUCCACGAUUUUUAAGAAUACAGGACAAAAUGGAAACAACAGGGACAUUCAAGCUCCAGAAGUUACAGUUGGUGGAAGAAGGAUUUAAUCCCCUGAAGAUUUCUGACCCGCUUUACUUCAUAGAUAACUUGAAAAAAUGUUAUGUUCCAUUGACCAAAGAAAUUUAUAAUCAGAUAAUGUUAGAGAACCUUAAACUUUAAGACUGUAUUUAGGGGAUUUUGACGGCUUCCUGGGAAAGAUGAAAGGGGAUUCCUGAGCUCCUUGGCUGACAGUCAGGGAGGAGUUCCUUUCAUAAAUCAAUCAUAAACUAAAAAAAUUUGAAGAACGCAUUUGAUAUACUUAAGCUCUCAAGGCUCACACUCCUCAGCACAGUGAGCUAUGAAGUAUGAGACAUUCACCCCAUGGUCCUGAGGCUGACUUGAGGAUGCUGCUAGCAGCUGCUGCCCAGAAUCACCAGAAAGCAGCAUGCUGCACAGCAUGGACCACAGUUCAAAGUAGUGAUUUCUGCCUGCAUUUGGGAAGUAAAACCAAGUAGGCCAUAGUAUUGCCACCUGUCUGGGACUGUAAGAAAUAUUAUGAUUUACUCUGAAGUAGAGAUGGGGAGGUAGCAUUCAGCAUAUGUUACAUUUCCCUCACAAGCAAAAGUUCACUGAAUUUUAUA